AUGAAUGAAGUUAUUUCAUUCACGCAAACAAAACCUUUUCCCUCAUUCCAAGACCUUGGAAUGAAACCUUAUCGAAUUCCAAUCAGACAAUUGUGCACUUAUACGCAAUCAAGUAAAGCUCAUUCAAUGUUUCAUGAUAAGAUGGAGAAAAAAAGAAGAAAACUUCCGACAUUUCUCAUGCUGCCAGCAGCUCUCAAACAAAGUUUUGCUAGUAAAUGCAAAAAAUAUUUAACCGAGUUGAGCUUUGAGCUCCUUCAACCAUUCUCUACGGUCGCUAAUUUACAUGAGCUUUCAUGGCACAAGUUAAAUUUACGACAGCAGCGAGACUUAAAAUCAAUUAAAGCUUUGAAUCUUGGUAAAUGUCUAGGUAAAGAUAUUGAGUUAAAAUGUAUGUUGAAGUGA